UCUUCCCCAGGGGAGUGAAGGAACUGAAAGAGGAGGUAGACUGGAAUGAAUGAAGGAUCUAGACCAACAUGAGGGGAAAAAGGAGCUUUGGAAUAAGCAAACAGCACGACUCUGGGUUUUAAAUUUUUACUCAGGACAGGUUGAGAGUUAGAUGAUCAGUGUUCAGAACGUCUGCAUUUACGGGCUGAAGCACUGCAUGAAGUAAGAGGUGAAGAUGCGUGUUCACGGGUGGCUGCUUUGCGUUUUCUGCUUCCACUCCUGCAUUGGGUUCUCACAGCGGUGUAGGUUCCACAAUAUUUGCCAAAUGGAGAGAGGCGUGCUGGACGGGGGCUCAAAGGGCCGUGUCAAAGAGCAUGUCGGUCACAGCGUGGGACACCAGGAGGCGCCUCACAGGAACAGGCCCCACCGGAGAAAAGGUACCAGAGCUCAGACUGAGGACAUAGCACCAAGCAUUGUCCACCAGCCCUCUGAUGUGGUGGCGAAACUGGGCGACCCUGCCACUCUCUCAUGCCGGGUGGACGGUAGCCCCAAGCCCACCAUCGAGUGGCUGAGGAACGGUCAACCCCUGGGGACAGAGAUGGGGGCUGGCCCGGGUCAACCCCUGGUUCUGUCAGAGGGGAGCCUGUUCUUUCUAAGAGUUGGAGGAGGCAAGCGAGGCCAGUCCCAUGAGGGCGUCUACGCCUGCGUUGCCAGAAACAGCGCCGGUGUGGCCAUCAGCCGCAACGCCUCGUUGUUUAUAGCAGUUCUUAAGGAUGAGUUCAGAGCAGAACCUAGUGAUGUGGAGGCGGCUGAAGGGGAGGCGGCCGUCUUAAAUUGUGAGCCACCGCUGGGACACCCAGAACCUAAUGUAUUGUGGAAGAAGGACGGCAUUCCCAUCAACAACACGGACCCCCACUACACAAAGCUGAGUGGGAAGCUGAUCGUUGAGCCUGCAGAGAAGAGCCAUUCUGGGUCUUAUGUCUGUGAAGCCAGAAACAUUAUGGGAGUGAGACAGAGCAGGCCGGCUCGGCUUUCUGUGCUGGCCAAACCUGCUUUUGUUCUGAGGCCAGAAAAUGUGUCUGUGAGGACGGGAGAGUCCGCCCACUUCCACUGCCAGGCUAAAGGUGACCCCCCUCCUGCUGUGGCGUGGAGCCGAGACCGAAGCCCUCUGCCCAACGGCAGGUAUCUCAUCAACCCAGACCAGACUCUGCAGCUCCAUUAUGUGACGGCGCAGGAUGCUGGCCAGUACACCUGCACUGCUGCCAAUCAUGUAGGUGUUGUCAGGGCCACCGCAACGCUUCAAGUCCAAGAAGCUCCCAGAAGUGAACAGAGGGAUUUCCACAGAGAGCUUUCCGCCUUACGAGUGGCUCUAGAUAACGUCGCCAUGGCGGCCUCUGGAUCCAACAUGUCUCUGGUUCAGUGGAAGCUCCAGAACUUCCCAGCUCAGCCACACUACCUGGAUGGCUUUGAGGUUCUCUAUCGCUCCCUGCUGCCUGCCAGCUCCGACUGGGCAGGAAAGAAGGUCUCACUGCCGAGCUUCCAGACGCAGGUGGGACCCCUGAAGAGGGGCUACAAGUAUGAGUUCAAGGUCCGUCCUUAUGGCAGCAGCUUGUUUGGAAGGGAGAGCAACACCCGGCAUCUCAGGGUCCCUGAGACAGUGCCCAGUGCCCCCCCACAGGCAGUGUCCAUAACAGUGGACCAUGAGAAGAACAACAGCAUCCGUCUGAGCUGGGAGCCUCCUCCUCAUGACAGCCACAAUGGGGUCCUCCAGGGCUACCAGGUGUGGUGUGUGGAUUCGGAGGAGCAGCAGCAUCAGAACUGGACGGUGGACAGCGGUCAGCACAGCCUGGACAUCUCCUCCCUGAAACCAGACAAACAGUACUGGAUCACCAUGGCGGCUGUGAACGGUGCUGGAGUCGGCGCGCUUAGCGACCCUCACGGGUUUUUCAUCAACCCACAGCUUGGAGCCGCCGCACACUGGGACAGAAAACCUGCCCUGGCCCUGCUCCAGGAGCCGGCGUUCAUUGGCAGCGUUGGUGCCCUUCUGUGGUGCCUUCUGAUGAUUGCAGCUGUUGUUCUGUUCAGAUGCCGCAGCAGCAGGGGGCGCCUGUUAGCUCAGCAUGGCAAGGCUAAAGGUCUGCGUAGAUUGGCCAGUGAAGAUCUCAUCAUCAAACACAGAAACCUUCCUGUGAUGCUUGAAGGUCUCCCAGUCUCCUCCAAGCAGGACGGCGGGAUCCUGGACUCAGCUGUUCCCAUUGUGACAGACAGCUGUGGCGUCUAUGGAACCUUCUAUGUGGACCUGCAGGGGAGGGGCCUGAAGACCUUCAGCAGUCCUGGACGCUGCCCUAAAAUGCCUCAUGCUCCGCCUGAUCAGCAAGGAGCUGAGACGAUCCAGAUCUGCUCUCAGCCCAGCUCCAAGUCCUCCUCCCUCAGCGGCCAGGAAGCUCUGCCCUGGAAGCAGGCCAUAAGGCCUCAGCCUAAGAUGGGCGUGCUGAGGGAAUCAUGGGAGAAGAGGAACUGUGGGAAGCAAGAGCUGCACGCAGUAAACAGCGUCCCCGUGCUUUCCUCCAGGAAAGCCUGGCCCUCCACUUUCUGCACACAGAGACUCAGUCACAUUCCAGCAGGACGCCAUGGUGGAGCUGCAGACUGUGGAGAAGCUGCUGCUGGAUCUCGCCUGCUGCAUUAUUCUGCUUCCCUGCAUCUAGUGGACCUGCUGCCCCCCCCACCGCCGACGGCCACAGAGAGAAACACCCUGUCCUCAGAUGAAGGUUCCAGUGAGUCCACAAAGCUUACAGAGGACAUGGGCUCCAUCCCUUCAAUAAGUCCUUCAUCAGGCUACCGUGGACAAGCAGGAGACAUCAGGCGCAGCUCCAGCCACCCGUCCACUGCAUCAUACUCCACUUUAAUGGAUAACGAUCAGAGUGCCUCCCUGACAGCAAAGGAAGCCACCGAGUACCUGGAGCUCAGCCCAAAACCUGAGAGAUACAGCAGUGUCUUGCCCUCCCUGCCCCUCAGCUUCUCCUCCACCCUGGGCAGCACCUGUGGGCCGGUUAGCUCCGCUGAUCUGGAGGAUGAGGAGGCACCUGCUGGAACUCCAUCUUUACAGGCCAUGCUGCAUCGUCCUCGCUUUCAGAGCUCGCCAUCCUCCUGCUACAGCGACUGGGACAGCUCUCUGUGGAACACCUGGAGCUCUGCCAUGGACAGCAACCGAACCAGCCUCAUCAGUUCUGUGGACAGCUGCUACACCAACGACAGCUCCACAUUUGCUCACCUGCUGGCUGUGGCUGCAGAGCGCAGUGGAGCCUCUCUGUCAGACUUCUCUCCGCCGGCCUCCCCUCUCAGCGCCUUGUACCCGUCGCUCUGCCCGGACGGUGAUGCCUUCAGGGACCUGGAGGCCGUCCCUGCGUGGGACUGGAGCAUGGCCUGGCUGGAGGAGAUGGACGCCCAGUACAGAGCCCACUAUCCCAGCAGAAGCACCAGACCCUCGAACACAUAGAAGCUCAGAUCCCACUGCUGCGUUUCUCCAGCCUGAAUUUGAAAACGUCGGCGUUUCCAAUUGUUUCUAACAGUUUUCCUUCUUUACCUCAGGGCACUUCAGCUACUGUAAAUCUAUGAAACGACUUUCAGAGCCACAGAAGUUUUCUACUUGAAUCAUUUUACUGAAAGAUGCAAGCAGAGAUAUCUGCAGCAGGAUCCAGAGACACGGACACUCUGACAGAAAACACGUUUCCUGUUUUUGUUGCAGGAUUUUAUUCAGAACUUGCUUUAAACCAAUUUAAAGCUUUUUGGUUUUAUUUGUUCUC